CUGAAGGCCGCCGUCCGGCUCUGCCAGCGCUCGGCCAGCCGGCUGCCGGACGCCGAGCGGCGCCGCUGCUGGUUCUCGCUGCUCGACUGUGCCGUCGCUCUGCAGCGCACUGACGGCAGAGAGACGCUGGUGCCGCUGGUGGCGGGCGCAAUGAUCGGCCACGUGCCGCUGCCGGACGUCAUGCGCCGCCUGUUCCAGGAGCCGGCCUACUCCAGCAGGGAGUUUGGUCACCUGCGCCCGCUGCUCACAGACCUGCUGCGCACAUGCCAGUACGAACGCGUGCUGUGCGACAGCGCGCGCCGCAUUGUGCAGGCCGACACGUGGCACGGCCACUUGCAGAAGCGGCGCGCCUGGAGCCGUGGCUACGGCGCGCCCGAACGGUGCCACGUGUGCGGCCGCCGGCCCGAUCUGCAAGCGGGACAGAUGAUCGCCUUCAGGUGUGGCCACUUUUGUCAUCCGGGGUGCGCGCCGGAACGGCCGAGCGGACGGCCGUGCGCCGUGUGCGGCGACCGGGCCCGUCCAGUGCCGUCCCCCGACAGCGACCCCGGCCGGCCGACCUCGCCCGACCCCGGCGACCCGGCGCCGGCCGAGGCGACCUGAGGGGCCGCUCAGCGAGACUGCCGAGGUGACACCACUGCCGGCGCCGGGUGUACGGCUGUGGUGGGACCGCUACCUGCGCCGGGUGUACGGCUGUGGUGGGACCGCUACCUGCGCCGGGUGUACGGCUUUGGCGGGACCGCUGCCUGCGCCGGGUGCACGGCUGUGGUGCGACCGCUGCCAGGGCCCGGUCCACAGCUGUGAUGGGACCGCUGCUGGGGCCGGGUGUACGGCUCUGGUGGGACCGCUGCUGGGGACUGCGCGUUUUGUGCAUGGAUUGUUGCGACUAGCUUAACGUUAACGCUGCCGACUGCUUAUUGGGUCAGAAAUGUGCGGUAAAGUUAUUCGAGUUUAGUAACCGAUGUGCUUACUCGAGAUGCAGAUAUCAGGGAACAAGACGCAGAGCCCUUGAAAAUGUUGUGCAGCGUGCAAUGUCCUUGGUGGCGAUUCCACGUGUUACCAUGUACGUGAUAUGGCGUCCCGAAGAGGUACACAAUAUUUUGUUUGUUUUCGCUAUAUUGUGAAGAUUGUGUUUAUUAUGCUUUGGUUCGCGGAAGUGUUAACGAACGACGUCUACAUGACAUACUAGCGCAGCACGAGAAUGGUGCAACACGCACAUUCUCGCCCACCAUUAUCUAUGGAUAUUGUUUUGUGUAUCGUGUAAAACAGCAUCCAGCACCGAUACUCAUGUAUGCGUCAGAGGAUGAUCCGUGUGUUGUUUCGCCUUGUGCUGAGGGGGCUGGAUGCUUUGUCACGCAGGAGGUGUCUGCACUAGGAUGGCCUGCCGUACACGCUUGCCCGAUCGUUUGCCGUUGCAAAGCACCAACAAAGACAUGUUUUGCGCAUGAUUGGAAUGUCUCCACUGACUGGAAGGUGUCGAGCCAGCCGCGCAUCAGGACGCUGAUGGUCGGCGGGCUGCUGUAUAUCCGAACACGUCCUCGGACCGUCGAGUGUCGAAGUUCCCCGCCCCAUGUCAGGGACAUACCGGCCCGGGUUUCGUUGACUGAACAGGAAAUACACAGCGUGCC